AUGAGAAUAACCACACUGUUCGGUGCACUCGCAAUCGCUGCCCCGGUCCUCGGCGUCCCAGUACCCGCCAACGCGGCCCAGGCCCAGCGCGGAACCAGACUCGACCACUUCCUCGAAUGCAGCGCGACGUGGGACCUGGGCAAGAUCAAGGCUUGUGCCGCGGAGUGCAUCCAGUGGGCGACAGAAGUGGAGGCCGCACCACCCGCCAACGACGACGGGUGGGCAUCGUUGCUCCUCAGCUGGUGGGGGGCCUGGCGACGCGCGGACAGCGACAGCCGCGCUCGCGAAACGCUCAGCGUCUGCCAGCGCCUCCAGUCGCAGGUGCGCCGUCCCCAGCUCGACGACAUGGCAUACCUCGACUAA